AGCAUCUGGCCCCUGUUGGUGGAAAACAACCUCUCCCUUAACACUCUGGUUGCUGUGUUGUAUCACUUUGUCCAAGAAGCCCAGAACAGAAAGGCCAACACACAACAACGACUGUUUGCCCUCCAUGCAGCUGGAUUGUAUUUUAUAUUAGUUGAAAUUCCUGGCAGCAUAGCCAACCGGGUAUUCCAUCCAGUGAUGUUUGAGAAAUGCCUUCAAACCCUGUCUAAAUGUUGGCCUGAGGAGUCGGAUUUGCCCCGAAAAAGGAAAAAGAAACAGAGUAAAAACUUGAUGGGUGAUAAAAAGAAGGGGAAGCCAGCAAGGAAUGAAAACACUCUGAUGGACAAUAUCUUUGAAGAGGAAGACAUUCAGGAAGAAGAGAUUUAUUUCUCAGCCCAUGAGCUGCUUCAAAUCCGCGAGGCCCUCUUCCUUCUCCUGAAAAAUCUUCUGAGGCUUUUUUCCAAGAUUUCUCUGAAAGAGAGGCCACAGUGCGUGCAGACGUGUAUUCAGAUCUUUGUUAAUUUAACAAGUUUUGAGCCCUGUACACAAGACUUCAAGCCUUUAGAUAUGACGACUGUUUACCGAGCCAAGUAUGUCUCAGAGCUUGCCUACUUUGGCCUGCGACUGUUGUGUUCCCCACUUCAUAGCCUAGGAGAUAAGAGUUUGCGCCAUGUCUUCCGUCAGCUUCUCAAGGUCAUCCUGAUGCUGCCUGGCAGAGAGGAGUCCAGAAGCGUCUCUCUUGCCAUCCCAUCUCAGGUCAUUGAUGCAAGGAACCUGGCCGUCAGGUUUAUCAGCUUUCUGACAGAAGAACUGAAAGAAAUGGCCUUCCCUGUACUGAGAAUCUUACUGCAGCAUAUUUGUGUCAAGGUUUCUGAUAAAUCUGAAUACCGGACAUACGCUGCACUGUCUUUGUCACAGUUGCUGUACAAACUCCCUUGUGCUGAGCAUGCCAGCUUCAUUGCUUGGCUGUAUGGAUACUCACGCAAUAACAAGAUUUCCUAUAGAGUAUUUGCACUCGAUGUGGCCUUAGCUUUGUUGGAGCAUCCAGAACGGGAUCAGGACACCAUUUUGGCUGAGGAGCAGCAGGUGUUUCUGAAACACAAGUUCCUGAUCCAGGUCAUGAUCUUUGCCCGGUGUUCAGACAAAGCACCCACCGUUCGCAGUAAAGCACUUUCAAGCUUUGCCCAGUGUCUGGAAAAAAAAGUACCAAAUGUACAGGACAUCCAGGAACUGUUGCAUGGCACAGCUUGUUCUUCAGUCAUGGAUCCAAACACUCCUGCUGAAACAUUCCUAACCAAUAUGGAAGGCCGUACCAGCCAUCAGCUGAAGACUUUCCCAACCUUCAAGACCAUUGAAAUGAGCAAUGAACGUGACUCCACUGAGUUUGAUGGAAAAGAAAUCAUGAUCAUCCUGAGACAUAGAGCUAUUGAUGAAAAGACCAACGUGAGGAAAUCUGCCCUCCAGGUGUUGACAAGCAUUUUGAAACACAACGUGGUUCCGUGUACCUCAGAAGACCUGGCCACUCUCCAGGAUCGGUGUCGUGAUCCUGCUAUCUCUGUGAGGAAGUUAGCGCUGCAGUCUGUUACAGAUCUCUUACUGUCUCAGCCAAAGAGCGUUCUGAUGCAGAAGGCCUGGCUCAUGGGAGUCAUCCCUGUCAUUACGGACUGUGAGACCUCUGUGCAGGAGAGAGUCUUGGAAUGCGUUGACACUGUCUUGCUUCAGCAAAUUAAGCCCUGCAAUAAAUUCACUCAUCGAGACAAAAACCAAGUGCUGGCCUGGGAUCUCCUGAUGUUGCUCACGAAAGAGAGUCAAGAGCUAAGCCGUUAUUUAAGCAAAGCUUUCCACAUUUUGGCCAGGAAGAACAAAUUCUCCUCUUCAUUCAUUAAUGGCAUCAUCUCCCAUACUGAAACAGAGCGUGCUGCUGCUGCUUGGAUGUUGCUGGCAAAAGUGGCUGGUUCCUCAUCCAAGUUGGACUAUUCUAAAAUAAUUGAUGCCUGGGACAGCAUCAGAAGGCGACAUGAAGCCAACAUGGAGACCAUGGUGCACAUCCUCAGUGUGAUUGGAAGUGUUGCAAAACAUCUGCCUAGCAGCAUCCAGAGCAGGCUAAUGAAUGAACUCAAAUGUUGGCUGCAGGACUUCCAGUGUCCUUUGGAGGUUAUCAGCCCAGCUAUUGAAACUCUACAGAAACUUAGCCAGGCCAUCACAGAUGCCCCAGAGGAGGUGCUGGAGCUGCUGAACAACCUGUGUGGAGAUCUUUUAGCCACCUGUGAGCGUUAUAUCUCAAAAAUAGUCCUCCAAGAGUAUGGAAUGGAGCAGCUACAAGAGGAUGUCUUGGUAAGGCAUCUCUUCACCUUGGGUGAGAUUGCGCAGUUGUGCCCAGCCAAAGUGGAAAAACGCAUCUUCUUGCUGAUACAAUCCAUCUUGGCUAGUCCUGACAACAUGGAACAGCUGUCCAGCCCUGCGGAUAAUGAGGAUCUCCCAGUAUCUCAACCAUUGUCUCAAUUCCGAGGGUCCGUGAUGCCUUCUACUGUCCGAGCACAUGCAUUCAUUACUCUAGGAAAGCUGUGCCUGCAGCACGAGGACCUGGCAAAGAAGUGCAUUGCAGCCUUGGCUCGUGAGCUGGAGGUGUCCAAGGAUGUGGCGGUCCGCAACAACGUGGUGAUCGUGAUGUGUGAUCUCUGCAUCCGCUACACCGCCAUAGUGGACAGGUAUAUUCCAGAUAUUGCCACAUGCCUGAAGGAUUCAGAGGCAUUCAUACGGAAGCAGACGCUCAUACUCCUCACUAAUCUCUUGCAGGAAGAAUUUGUGAAAUGGAAAGGCUCCCUCUUCUUCAGAUUUGUCAGUGUCCUGGUGGAUCCCAACCCAGAAAUUGCCAGCUUUGCCAAGUUCUGCUUGGUGCACCUCCUGCUCAAGAGGAAUCCAGUCAUGUUUUCUCAGCACUUCAUCGAAUGCAUCUUUCAUUUCAACGGCUACGACAAACAUGAGAAGUACAACAAAUUUCCCCAGAGCGAGAGGGAGAAGAACCUCUUUUCCCUGAAGGGCAAAGGCAAGAAAGGCCCCCGGAUGCAGAUUUACAGGUUUCUCCUGGAACAUUUUACUGAUGAACAGCGAUUCAACAUCACCUCAAAAAUUAGCCUGAAUGUCCUGGCCUGCUUUGUGGAUGGGGUCCUCCCUCUCGAUACGGAAGCCAGCGAGCUGCUCUCGGAUACCUUUAAGAUCUUGAGCUGCAAGGAGAUCAAACUGUCAGCCAUGAGAUCCAGACCAGAGGAAGACAUCCAGCCAGAGGAAGAUGAAUUGGCCAUGGCCAACGCUGUCAUGCAGGUGGCCCAGAAGAAGCUCAUUUCACAAGUUCAAAAGAAUAAUUUUAUAGAAAAUGUCAUUCCCAUCAUUACUUCAUUGAAGACCUUGUUGGAGCAAGAGAAACUUCCAGCACUGAGAGACCUCAUGAACUACCUCCAGGAGGUCAUGCAAGACUAUCGCAAUGAAAUCAAAGAGUUCUUUGCCACGGACAAGCAGCUGGCAGCUGAGUUGGAGUAUGAUAUGAAGAAGUACGAGGAGCAGCUGGGCAGGGAGGCUGAGCAAGGCCGGGAGCUGUCCGUAGAUCAUGAAGGCCCCAGUGCUCUGGUGGCAAGGCAGCCACCUACCUUGGAGAGAACUGCACAUCCUAGGGAUCAAAUAGAUGAGGCUUCUCCAGUUACCCAAAGCAGCUCUCCAGCUUUGCGAUCUCCUCUGUCGGGGCUUGCUAUGUUUACAGUGCCCAGGCCAGAAGUCACGAAGCACAGACUCAGGAAUUUGUCCCUGAAUACUUUUGCCAUGCUCAACUCUGCUAAACAAGCUAUGGAGGCCGCUAAGACACAGCGCAGCAGGAGCUUGGGGACCAGGCCUGAUUCUCUGGGGAUCGGGCAAAGCGAUAAAGCCUCCUUUUGCAGCUUAAACCAACGGUCUUCCGGAACCAACGUACCCCUGGAAGGCCGCGCAAUCAGUACUCCCGAAAAGUCGAUUAACAACGUGACCUUUGGAGCUGGGGUCAGCCACAUUAGCCUGACCCUCACACCGGCGUCUGCUCGAGGCAUACAGGAAUCAGAGGCUUCACAGAGCCAGAUCGUUUGCUUGGCAUCACCAGAUAAGCCAUUGUCCCAGCCUCCACAGUGGAAGGUGAAUUCUCCAGGAAGGGGAAGCAGCCCAUCAAGUAUAGGGCUGAGGAGAUCCUGCCGUAGAACUCCCCGGCAACCAACGAAAUGAAUGCUUUGCUCCCAGCGUGAUGUGUAGAAGCAGAAUCAUGUUCGUAGCUUACCUUCCACACCAUCAGAACCUUUUGGAAUAUCACUGAUUAGUGCUUCCUAACUGUAUUUUUAUUCUUGCUAUGUCAAGCUUGCUUGCUUUUAAAACUGGUGUGCUAUAAAUAAUCUAUUUGUGACUGCAAGUAGAACUAAUUCUACUAAUUGCUGCAUAGCUAGGGCAGGGCCCUAUCGUUUGUUUGAUACCUGGAUGUCAUCUGGAAUAAUUGUAUUGAUGGAGGUCAAUGAAGCUAUAAGUCUGUGACUUGCUCUGACUAGUGACAUGCAGCAUGAUGCCCUACCUCUUCCCUAAUGCAGCCAACACCUAGCACUAAGCUUAAUUCACAUCCUUGCUUUGUGUCUGUUGAGGGAUGGUGGUUGUAAGGUCAUACGGAAGAAAGGCAACAUUCCAUAGGUCUAGGCCAGACCAUGCAAACAUGGGAAUGAACUUGGGGAUGGUUCUUCUGGAAGAAUUGCAUGUGGAAAUUUCACACUGUGGUUGGAUCCCCAUUAUGAUCUCUCCCCAUGAAAAUGAGCACACAGCCAAAAAAGAGAGAGACCUAUUGCAGUCUCAGAAUCUCCUGGGAACUGGAUCCAAACUUUCUCCUGUAGAAAAAAGAAAGGCUGAGUGUGCCUGUAGCAUCACUGUCCACAGACAAAACCUUUGAAGAACUGAAUCCAAAAGAUUUCCAGGAGAAAACUUCUCUUGGAAAAAGAGCUUAGCUUAAACCAUCAUCACAUGUGAACAACUAUGUGAAUGUAUAGCCCAGGUGUGAGGGUUAUUUAUUAUGUUCAUGCCAUGUUCUUAAUUCUA